GAGCUUUCCUCUGUUUAAAUAGGAACUAAAAAUGGCACAAGGCAAUAAAGCAAAAUGACAGAAAACAUAGGCCUCAAGUCCGCAGCAGCCGUGUUUUAUUAAAGUUUUUUUUUAGCGGCACAAAGUGUUGCAUUAACACGAGCUGAAGCUUGAUAAUUCCAUGAGUAACGUUCCAAAGGGUGAGGGUCCCAGUCCUCUUAGCUGGAAAAUGCUUUAGAAAAGUCACAUCAGGUGAUGCUUGGCUUGGUGGGCAGCUCAGUAAAUCAGUAAAUUACGGGCGUGUGCCGGGAUCGCGGAAUUUGGGAGAAAAAUCAAGCGGCCUUCGCUAGGCGGGGGUGGAUGGAAGGAUGUCUGUGAAAGCAGCAGCUCCCCGUGUCUCUCCUGCAGAUGGGCUGGCAGCUUUCCGUGCUUUCCUGAAGACAGAGUUCAGCGAGGAGAACCUGGAGUUCUGGCUGGCCUGCGAGGACUUCAAGAAGACGCGCUCGGCAGCCAAGCUGGCCUCCAAGGCCCAGCGCAUCUUUGAGGAGUUCAUCGACGUGCAGGCCCCUCGGGAGGUGGGUAUGGAGCUCCCCUCACGUGCAGGCCCCUCGGGAGGUGGGUAUGGAGCUCCCCUCACGUGCAGGCCCCUCGGGAGGUGGGUAUGGAGCACCCCUCACGUGCAGGCCCCUCAGGAGGUGAACAUAGACUUCCAGACUCGGGAGCUGACCAGAAGAAAUGUGCAGGAGCCCUCCCUCUCUUGCUUUGACCAAGCUCAGGGGAAGGUGCACAGCCUGAUGGAGAAAGACUCGUACCCCAGGUUCCUGAGAUCCAAAAUUUACACAGACCUGCUGUCUCAGACCCAGAGGAGGCUCAGCUAGAGCAGCCAUGGGGCCCUCAGAAACCACAACAGCCAAAACCCAUGUCUAAAUGUGAAACUUUCUUGGUGUUAAAAGCAGUGGGAACGGGAAAAGAGGGAGAAGGGGCAGAGGAAGCUUCCAGAGAGUGAUCCAGACGUGGUAUUAAGACUCUUUGGCUUUCUGUGCUUUUGGGUUUAUUUUUGGUUAGCAGUAGCACCUCGCAGUCGUUGCCUCUCUCUAGCACAAACCCAGAACCCUCUCGAGUCAUCUGUGGGCAAGGCAGGUUUCCUUUAAAAUUGCUGGGUUGGUUUGUGUGUAAAUAACACCUUUCCAUCCUCCCACACAUCUCCCUGUCUCUCACCCCUCCUUUGUGCUCAGAAGGGCCCCGAGGGCAGUUCUGACCCUUGUGUGCAGCCGCAUCCAGCCCACCUCUCCCAGGGGUCUGGACCCAGAGGCCGAGGGGAGGGAGAGAGGAGACAAAAGCACAGGAUUUAUUCCCUUUCCUGGAGUGGAAACCAUCAGCAAACUCAGCUCACCUCCCCAUUUUGUUUGCACACCUCAUGACGUGGCUGCUACCCUGUCACCGACCCUUUUCCUUCAGGGAUGGGGACUCGGAGUAUUCUCCACAGGACUGUGUGAGGAGCUGAGUUUUCCUUGUGAGGAAAGUCACCCCAAAAGCUCUCACCAGGCCUGGACAGUCAAGUCUUCUAAUGUGAAUGAUUGUUUUUCAUGGCUAUUAUUUAUUUGUGCGGUAUUUCAGUCUCAGGGCCCCAGUCGUCAUUUAGGCUCUGUUGUGCUGGGCACUGGACCAAAAGCUUGCACAAAGGGGCUCCUGGUGGCUCCUCAGGAAAGACCUGGAAAGAGUGGAGAGAAGGAAUGUCCCCCUCUGCCCCUUGCUGAGGUGUAAGAAAAGCACAGCAGAUGGCAUUUUUCACUUGGUGCACGGCAAGGUGAAAAAUCACAUUUUUCUUAUUUUAUUACUGAUUACUGACUGUUCCUACUCACCACCAGUCCACUGUGGGUUCAGAACUCCCCAAGACACACACCCUGCUGCAGGGUGCUUGCUUCCAGUGGGACACAGAGAGCAUGGGGUGAGCAGGAUGGGUGUCUGGGUGUGCAGAGGGGUGUGAGGUGCUCCUUGGCCCUAUUCCCAUAGCCUGGAUGGAUGCUGCAGGAGAAGGCUCUGUGCAGAUGUCAGGGGUGUAGCACCUCCUCUGUGCUGGGCAAUAAUUCCUGCCAUCUGAUGGCCCCAUUUCCAUGGCACUGCUGCUCCAGCUUGGCAGAUUCUUGCAAUAUUUUUGAGGGGAGAAGCAGACAGCCUGUCUGUGGAUUUGAGCCGACAGAGCAGAGGUCUGUUUUCUUAAUUUAAUGAAGGCCUGGAAAGUGACCCUAUGGAUCUUUUCCUUCUCUCAGUCAUCCCCAGACCAGAGGCUGUCAAACUCUGCUCCAGCCAAGGGUGGUGGGUGGGUUUGAUACAUCAGAAAGCUGCUGAUAAAGACUUUGUGUAACGUGGUGUAAAUGAGGUAGGAUGAACUCUAAAGCCAAGCACAAUGUGUUUGGAACAAGAUUAAAAAAAAAAAAAAAAGUCUGGUUGGAUAUUAAAAAUCACUGUCCAUUAAUUAAGUAGGAGACAGCUUUUUGAGGCUUUUUGCAAGGAUGAUGUGCAGGGCAGUAGGACAAACAGGUUUAGGAUCAAGACAGAGGCGGUAAACACGCUGGGUUUAUUCUGGAGGUGUGUUCCUGCAAUCUUUAUGUUCAGCAGGGAAACCUGCCUCUUUCGGUGCCUGCUUGGUCAGCAGCAGAACCCUCUGUGGAAGGCAAAUCCCACCUCCAGUUAAAUUUCCAUGAGGAAUGGCCAGGAAGAGCUGCAGUGACCCAGAAUUCCUGGCUGUCCUCUGCCCCUGCAAGGAUCCCUGGGGGCACUGUUGAGGCACAGGAGGCUCCUCAUGGGACACAAGGGACAGAAAGGGCUGCCCUUGGCAGUUUGACACAAAUUUUUGCCGCUUGCUCAAAAGUGGGAGAGGUGAGGGACCCCUGGAAGAUGCUCCAGAUUUGCCAUGAUUUCUCCAAGGGCAGCAGAUCAUGCAGGAGCUCAGUGUCCCAGAGCUUUAUGGCAAGCCAGGCACAGUGGGACAGGUCUGGGGAACCUGUGCAAGGAAUGGGUCACCAAAAAUUGAUGCCUUGGAGUGACUGCCAAGACCACAGGCUAGACAGAGUUAAGAGGAGAAAGGAGAUAUUUAUUAAAGGCCUCCAACAGGUGCACCUUGGGCAGUGCAAAAGCCUCACAGAGGCCACACCCAGCAUGGACAAUGGCCAUGAGUUUUUCAGACAAUUAUAAUUUUGAUCCAUUCACAUAUCAGGGGUUAAUCCUCCAGUUACAGCUUCAGGUAAUGAAGACACAUUUCCCCAGUUUGCUCCCCCAUAAUUCACUUUUAUUUGUACUUCUCAUGGCCUCAGGCAGUGAGGUGUCUUUGGAUCACCCAAAGGGAUUGUUUUGUUUAACUAAAAUGUGAAGACAGUUAACCACACUUUACAUGGAGUUCAGAGCUAUGCACCAGUACAGCAUUACAGGAUCUGGAAAACAUAAAAGCUAAAAUCUUAAAGCAUCAGCCUGAGGUCCCAGUUUUACCCAGUGACCCCAGUGCUGCCAGAGGGCAGCUCAGCCCCAAACAAUCAGAACAAGUGUUGCAGGUGGUGAAGAGAGGCCACCUUGUCUGGCCCUGCCUUCCUCCUUUCCACCCUCCUCUUGCCUGCAUGUGCAGAAAGCACCCCAGGAUGCCAGAGCCAGCAGCAGGAGGCUUAAGCAGUCAUGGCUUUCAAAGAGAAGGCAGAAGGCCACACUCGUGGUUCUUCUCUCCAGACAGAUUUUCUGAGUGGGCUUGGGUGGUGCUGACCUCUGGUGCCAGCUGAGGCACCCCAGACAAGGCUCUGCAGUGCCCUGGGGAGGGUCACAGAGACAGCCAGGCCAGGGGACACAGCAGGAACCAGAUGUUUGUGUGAGGUUUGUGUUGAGUGGGGACAACCCCCAGGCUCCCCUGGUGGCUACAAAGCCUGGUCCUGCUCAGACUCCUGUGACUCCAUCUCUCCACAAGGUCCUCCAGCAGCCUUGGUGCUGCUGUCCUUCCAUUUCACCUCAGAACUCACUUCAAAGUGGCCAACACCCUGUAAAUCCAAGCUCCUUUCUCUCCUCCACCCACCUGGGGAAUUGCCUGGAGCAGGGCACACCUGGAGAUGCCAUUUCUGCCUGGAAUCAGGCUGGCUGGUGCAGGGCAAGUGUUUUCCCCAUUAAACUGGUGCCAGGCAAGGCCCUCCACUGGGAACAGCAUCCCAGAACACAGAGGGGAGCAACAGUAUUGUCUGAGGCAUGUGAGUCUGCCACAGUUAUUUUUGUUGCUGCUCUUGCAGUUUGUCUCUCUGGAAGGAAAGCAGACUAGUUAUUUAAAGUAAAAUUCUAUUUUUCUUAAACAAGAAAAUGGCACCAGCUGCUUCUUUUAUGCCAAAUGCCAUUCUGAAGUGAAUCAAAAUAAGCAGCUUGUAGCUCUACCCCUUAAACCAGGGGCUGAUCAAGGGAACAAUGACUGAGCCAAAGCUUUGGAAAGAGCUGAGUGGUGACUAAUCCUCACCAAGGGCAAAUAUCCUAUCCUUGAUUCAUCUCUUUCUGGUGUGAAAGGGAUAUUCACAACCCACAAACCCAUUUCCCCUCUCCACAAGCACACACCCCCCAAAUUUUCCUCCUGUUAAAGUGUUAAAGUGUGCCAUCACAUGAAGAGCGGGGAAAAAAAACUGGUUCACUCAGUUCUUUUUAUUCUCUUUGCUGGCACAUAUCCAGUCAGCUCCCAGGUAGUUUGAUGGCAGAAGGGAAAAAGAGUUUACAAAUUUCCUUUCCCUUUUCUAUGAGCUUCAGGUGGUGUUAACUCCAGGAUCAGAUGCAGAACUCUGACCUGUCUGAAGUUUCUCCUGCUUUGGUCCAUCAGCCAGGCUUGGGAUGAUUUCCAUCACUUUUAGGGGACUCAUUAAUGCACCAAGGGCUCCCUGUUGUCCGUGCUGGGGAGGUGUGAAGGGCAAAGUCUUGCCAGUCUAAGCAGGGGAGGGGGAAGUUGCUGUGUGUGUCUGGGGGUGUGGGUGGAUGAGAGUGCAUGUGACUUCAUCUGUAUCUUAUUUAGUGUCCUCUACUAGAGAAGCUUUUCUGAGACAUAGAUGUGCAUGUUAAAAAUAGGAGAAUUAGGCAUAAAUGACAUAAACUGAGAUCUUUAGCCAGUGUUGUGUUUGCCUCGUGUAUAAGUCCGAGUAGUAGUAAGAGAUGUAAAACUCUGCUAGGCUUCCAGUUACCCCUAAGAGCACAUGUAUCAAACUGAACUGAAUGUUCACUGAUAGACACAAAACCAAAAUGUUUACAGCAUUCAGAGCAAUAGCAAAGCAUACCUCAUGCCAGUCCUGGAGUGCCUCUCCCCCCUCAGUGCAAGCUUUCCCCUCCCUGGGGGCCUCUGGCUUCUCCCUCCAAACUCCUCUCUCCUUCUCUGUCCUGUCCUGGUUGUCUUCCCUCCCCUUCCUCCUCCUCGAAGCACUCCAAACCUUCCUGUCCACCAGCACUGUUUGUCCUCAUCUGUCUGAGCCUGGGACUGCCCUAACCUCCCCCAGUUUGCCUCUCCUCCAUCCCCAUCCAUCCCUCCUCUCCUCUUUGCCUUUCCCUUCCCCAGACACGUCUCUGGUCAUGCCAUCUCCCUCCCACACGCCUCCUACUGCCACUGUAAAGCGCCUACGAGCUCUUCCUUGCCUGUUAUAUAAGAACAAAACGUUUCACAUCAUUUCUGCAUUAUCUUUCAUCCCUGGGGCUGCUGCAGUUGUCUCCUUCCUUGGUGCUGUGCUCUCUCUCUCCGGCAUCGUAGCAUUAUAUCCCAGAACUGGAAUUAAAGUUCAUUUUGCUGCUAGACCAGAAUGCUUCUCUCUCCCACGAACCCCUUGGGCUUUGCAGAGGCUCAUCUUGUCCCCAAGUCUUUUGUCUUCCUUCUUUUUUCUCCUCCUUCCAUGCACGCUGCACAUGCAGUGCUUGUGGCAGGGGCUGGCUAGGGUAGAGGGCAGCUGUGCCGGGGUCACUCCCAGCUGGGCACCCCCGUGGCCCUCUGGUUUAUAAAAAUAGUCUCAAUAAAGGUGUGUGGGUUGUA